UUUCGUAACAACGAUCACACUCGUUUGUAUUGCGGAGACGGGCGGACGUACGUCGGCGUCGGAAGAGCUAGAUAGCGAAAAACGCGAGAAACCGAAACACGCGAAACACAAAAGGCGAUAACGCAGCGGGUGUAGUGAAAAAGGUCGCAAAAAGCGCUAAACGCGGGAUAAAAUAUUAGUGCGGUGCAUCAACAACGCUAUUUUGUUUUAUUUUUUUUUUUUUUUGUACGCCAGCCAAUGAGGAAUAUAUAACACAACAAAAACAGAAAGCAGUAGCAGCUAACAAAUGCCUAAAAUAAUUAUAUUUUUUUGCCACACACUGCAGACAUGCAGUCAGCGCUCGUAUGUCCCCUAAAAUCAAACUGUGAAAACAACUACCACAACAAACUAAAGAAUUAAUAAGAAGCGCCAAACAAUUAAAAGGAAGCGAAAGGAGAGGAUCAACGAGAGAGAGAGAGAGAGAAGGGUGACUUCUCGAGAGAGUGAGAAAGAGAGAGGAAGCCAUGGCCAACGAGGAUGUGCAGAUAGUUCUCGUCAUCGAUAGCAAUGGCCAGACUUUGCCUCUUCUUGGCGUCGGCUUCGGCGGUCCCGUGGCUCCGCCUGUCAAACAGGAGCGUGCCGAUGACGCCGAAAUCCGUGAAUUGGCAGCUAAAAUGAAAGAACAACAGAAGCAACAAGCCGCCCAGCAGGCAUCCCGCCAAGCGGCGAUGCAACAGCACUCGAAUGGAGGCAAUGCUGGACAGAUGCAACCGCCAAUAACCAAUGGCAACGGCCAGACGAAUAUCAUGAGCUACCUGUCGCGCCAUCAGAAGCUACCCAAUGGAACCAUGCAAGUGGUACCGGCAUUAGCUGGCGGCGCCAAUGGCGUCCGUCCCAAUGGUAUAACAACAGAUGCUGCUGCUGCUGCAGCGGCCGCGGCGGCAGCCGAAAAGAAAUCCGGACCCUGCGACGAGGAAUCUGUAAUGGGACACUUUGGUUGGGCGCAAUUUGGUAAAGUCUAUAUACCGUACAUUUAUCGGCAAUCAGAGAAAUAUUGCUCGGUGCGCAUGAUCGAACUGAAGCUACUGGGCAAAUACCUCAACUGUCUGCAUCCGGAUAUCUACUCAAGCUGCACAUGCGUCCGCAGCUACUACAUAACGGACGCGGAAGCUCGUCUCUUUAUCGAGAUCAAUCACAAGCACUGUGACGGUGAAUUCGGACGUGAUAUCUUCACCCAGAAGGAUCUGGUGGUGCGUCUCAGCGAUGCAAGUAAAUUCUAUCAAUUUUUGGAUAUUUGCUAUCGCAAACUGGUCUCCGGAAGCAAGACUCCGUCGGAAAAAUGCGGCUUCAUAAGGAUCAAUAAGGAAUCGGUUGUCCCAUAUACAGUACGGAAUAGCCAGCAGGUUGUGCCUCUGUUCUACUUUGAGGGCGAAACGGAGAAUUUAAAGACAAAGGCUGAACUCCUUAAUGGCUGGGAUUUGGCCUAUUUGAAGUUCUGUUGCAAAGUGCAGGGCAUUCGAAAUGAGCUCUUUUCCAGCGAGAAUGUGGCAGUCAUUUCGCUAACGGACAUCAAAAGCUACUUCCCCAAUGGCACCGAAUUUGAGGAUUACUGGCCCAGCAAGGUGGUCGACUCGAAUCUCCUGAUUGGCAAUCGUGCGAAUGUCAAUAAUUCGGUUAAUUGGACACGCCAGCCCUCGGCACCACCGCCAAAGAUCACAACGAGCUCAACAGCUGGUUCGGGAUCGGGAUCAGGAUCAGGAUCCUCCGGAGGCGGCGGCAAUGCAAUUAGCAAUUCGUCAUCCGGCGGUCAGGUGCAGUCCAAGUCGCAGCAACAACAGCAGCAGCAUGCUUCAGCGGUGACAGCGGCGGCGGCAGCCCAACAGCAGCAUCUAAUGAAGCAACGCGCCGCCGCAGCAGCCGCCGCGGCCAAUGCCAAUGGUGGAGGAGGUGGCGGCGGCGGAGUACCCAACGCGGCCAAUAGCUUUGGGGCCUCCCAGGCAGCAGCAGCUGCGGCAGCGGCCUUCAACUCGCAAGCAGCAGUGGCGGCAGCCGCAUCGGCGGCAAUGCUCUCACAGUCUCAGAGCAAUAACCGGAUGCUGUCGCAGGCCACCGUUCAGGCGCUGGCCAGCAGCGGUUGGAUGUCCGGACAGAGUAACCUGCAGCUUCAUGCCCAGAUAAUGCAAACGCAUGCGAAUGCUAAUCGCGUGGGCAGCUACCGUGAGCACAUGAAUAAUCUUAUGAUGAGCGGCAGCGGCCGGCAACCGUAUUCCUACAACAAUCCUGCGAUCUCCAUGUCCUCGGUGAACAGUCACAGCGGCGGUGGCGGUAAUGCUCCACCGCCACUUGUACGUUCGGCGGCUGGUCAGAAUGCCAAUCAUUUGUCAAAUGUCGAGCUGGUUCAACAACAGACUCAACACCAACAACAACAACGACACCAGAACAGCACCUACAACAAUCAACAACAACAACAACUCCAACACUCUUCUUCACACAACAACAGUAGUAACAACAACAACAACAACAACCAUCACCAACAUCACCAUCACCAACAUCAUCACCAUCAUCAUGCCUUAGCCAAAAACAGCCACAUGAACGGUGGUGGUGGUGUUGGCAACUCCUCCUCAUCAAACUCUCCUGCCGCCAACUCCUCGACAGCCGCUGCUGCAGCAGUUGCUGUAGCAGCUGGCUAUGUUCAGGCAUUGCUAGGAAGCAGUGGAGCCGGAGGAGCAGCAGGAGCUGGCGGAACAGGAACUGCCGGAACUGGAGCUUCUUCGGGAGCUUCUUUCAACUACAACCUGCCCUCGACACGUGCAGAUUACACCAAUCUAGCUUUGUGGAAUCAACUGACACCCGCCCAACGAUUGCUAUUUAGUCAACAGUUGAAGGGAGCAGGAGGAGGAGGAGGAGGAGGAGGAGUAGGAGGUGCCAACACACCAGGCCUGGGAGGCGGUGGUGGCGGCGGAGGAGGAGGAGGAUCUGGCAAUAAUAAGAACUUUCCUGCAUUACCCUCACUACCCCUGGACACGGAUCUAAUAACCAUGCUGGACUAUAAUAAUCCCAAUAAAGUGAACAAGUCAAAGGGAAUGAGCAAUAACAACAACAACAAUAAUAAUGUGGUGACAUUUACGAAACCCAUUGUGCCGCCAUUAAUCUCCGAUGGCAGCGGAUCUGCUGAGAUAAGUUUAACGAAGAGCGGCAGCCGGAGUAGCAGUAGCAGUCGAGGUGAAGCUGCUCCACCCCCAGUGGCGGCCAGUGGCACCACUAUACCCUUAAACUCCACCCAAGCUCUGGAGGAUUUUGCCAAAAAGUGCACUGUGAUGACGGAUGAGAUGCGUGCGGUUAUACAAAAGGUGUUGGCCAAUCCGGAUCUCUCAACAUUUAUACAGACAAACAAUAGCAGCGGAGGAGGAGGAGGAGGAGGAGCAGCAGGAGGUGGAGGUGGUGGUGGUGGUCACUUGCUACCAUCGUAUAUAUCACCACCAAUGUCACCGGCAAUGGUGGGAGGCGGUGGUUUAAGCAAUGUGGCCACUCUAACUCUGGCCUCCAAUCCGAAUGUGACAAUAACGCCACAAUUGCCACCAGGACACUUUCUUCACUCGCCCUCCAGUUCGUGUUCCAGCUCCAGUGCCUCCAAUACGGCAGCAAGUCCACUGAGUAGCAGCAAUGGCGUUAGCGGUCUAGGUUUAGGUUUAGGUUUAGGAUUAGGUAUAGGUAGUAACAUGAGCGCAGGAGGAGGAGGAGGAGGAGGAGGAGCAACAGUACCCGCCGGAAGCAACAGCAGCAACAGCGGGAGUGGUGGUCGACAGAAGAGUGUGAUUUGUUCCACAAAAAGUAAUAGCCUACCCAUGGCCAUACUCUCGCUGGCCGGGAAUAAUGGUGGACAUGGGAAUAAUGUUAAUAAUCAUAAUCAUCCAACGGGAAUGGGGCGUCGCAACAACAGCAACAAUUAUGGUCGUCAGUCACACAGCAACAACAGUAAUAGUAACAAUAAUAGUAGUAGCCAUAACACAUCCACCACAACAAUCAGUACACAACAAUCCACAGUUACACCACCCACUGACGUUAUCGAUCUGUCCUCCUCUCGAAGGUCAUUGGCAGCCUCGGCAGCCUACCUGCAGCAGCAGCAUUCAUCCGUAGUGGUGGCCCAGCAACAACAACAGGCAGCAGCGGCAGUUGCCCAGCAUCAGCGUAUGGCCGCAGCAGCCGCUCAUCAUGCCCAGCAGCAGCAGCAUGUCCAAAAUGGACGAACUUCUGGCAAUACGAAUUCAAAUCCAAGUGGCUCCAAUGGUAAUAAUUCAUCAACUGGUAAUAAUAAUACCGGUAGUGGUGGUAAUUCCUCCACCACUGGUAAUGGUUCCACUGGUGGUAACUCAUCCAACUCUGGCUCAAGCGGUGGUGGAUCCUCGAACAGUGCCUCAAUGCAUCUGCAAAGGCAUGCAGCAUUGGCGGCAGCCGCUGCAGCGGAUAGUGCCCAAAGGUUAUGCAUUAUCCCAGAGAUACCCGCGAAUAAUAUGAAUCUAACGCCAUACAAGGUGCAAAGGGUUUGCGUGGAUAAGCAUCUGGUGCCGUGCAUCAAUAUGAAGGCCUACAAUGAUUCCGAACAGCUAAUGACCCUCAUUGAAUUCCAAAAGAAUUUCUUUCCAUCAGUGCCGCUGGAUCAUUGCAAGCGUUUGAUAGAGGCGCUGGGCGUGGAGCUUUACAAGGCGAAUCGGCGACAGGUGCAAAUUCUAAUGGAAUUUGAUAGGAAUUACAAUGAGAAUAUGCCUCUAGUGCAGGUGCGCGACAUAAUCAAAUAUAUGACACAAUUGACAUUUAUGACGCGUCAAUCGGAGCAGCCGCCGGCCAAGAGGACGCGCACAAGCUAGGAAUUAAGCUGGGGAGCACAACAUUUGCCACAACAACAAUUAACAACAACAGCAACAACAACAACAGCAGCAACAAUCAAUGUAAAAUCAUCAUUAGCAGCAGCAGCAUCAGCAGUUGCAACUACAAACCAUAACAGAUCAUCAUCAUCAUCAGGAGGAGGAGGAUCAGCUGGGUCACAGCGAAGACGCGCCUUAACGCCGCCAGCGAAUCUUAGCAGACGCGUGGCUUUGGCCCCACCACCGGCACCCACCCAGCAGGAUCUGGAACAGAAGCAGAAGCAAAAAUCAUCCUCAUCACUACAUCCUUCAACACACAUCAGCAGCAACACAUACGAAAUGUUGUACUCCCACAACCAACAACAACCAGCACAGCCACAGCAGCAGCAGCAGCACCAACAUCAAGCAGCAAUGCAACACGAGCAGCAGCGUUUGCUUAAAAAGCGUCAACAUGCAGAACCGGCCAUUACCAAGACAACAACCAAGUCGGCGGCCCAAAAGAUGGCCGAGGCGGAGCAUGCCUAUUUGUCGAAUUUGUAUGGCAAGGCGGCGGCCAGUAUGCUGAGUCCACCGCUGCCCGAUUGGGAGCAUCAGCAGCAGCAGAUACUGCGUCAGCAACAGCAGCAGCAGCAGCAGCAACAGAAGCAGCUGCAACAACAACAGCAGCAGCGUCGUUUGGCAACGCGACCCACACAGCCCCAGCAGGCGGCAUCUCGUCAUAUAAUGCACCGAAGGCACAGUGUAUGUGCUGCUGGUAUAGCCAGCCUAUCGCCUGCCGCCUCUUCCACCACCAACUCCUCCACCUCGCCGACAUCGUCGUCAACGUCGUCGUCGUCAUCGUCGGCGGCAGCAGCAGCAGCUGCCCUAGCGGCUGCCUCUUAUUAUGGCAAUGCAGCAGCAGCAGCAGCAGCGGCAGCAUCCUUUACGGCACCAUAUCAGCAUCAUCAGCAUCAUCAUCAUCAUCACCAGCAGCAUGCAGCAGCGGCAGCAGCAGCGGCGGCAGCAGCAGCAGCGGCGCAUCAUCAUCAUCACCAUCAUCAUCAUGCAGCAGCGGCAGCGGCGGCAGCAGCAGCAGCAGCAGCAGUAGCAAACGCAACAGCAGCAGCAGCUACAAACCAUCAUCAUCAGCACGGGCAGCCAUCGCCAACGAUAUAUCCGCCAACGCCGCCACCAUCGGCACCUUGGGUGCAUCCCUGGGCCUAUGCGGGUGAUGCUCCAUUCUGAGGAAGGUCCAGCCGCAGGACAUAGGACAUUGUACAUUAUUCGAGGUUUUAGGAUUAAUAAGAGAAUAUUUAUUUUUUUUUUCUUGUUUUUUUUGUGUCUCAUAUCUCUUGGGAGAAAGGAGGAGUAAGAAAGGAGGAGUAAGAAAGGAGGAGUAAGAAAGGAGGAGUAAGAAAGGAGGAGUACGAAAGGAGGAGUAAGAAAGGAGGAGUAAGAAAGUGAGUGAGAGAGAGAGAGAAAUUAGUAACUUAAGUAGGCUUAAUUAAAACAAAUUUCUCGGCAUUAUAUGCCAACGUAAACAAUAAUCGACGAUAAUAUUAUUAUUAUCUAUUUAUGUAUAAGCGUAUAUAUAUAUGAUGAUGAGCUGCUUGGAUUACAUUAAAUACGUUUUUGGACAAAAUGAGAACUCAAA